AUGGCUUUUCCAUCACUGAGGAGAUCAGCAACAGCUGAUAAUUUCAGAACAUCUGAUGAAUAUGAGAUUGCACCACGACUUGUUCCAUUAGAAUCAGUUCCAACACCAAAAGAUUAUUUAUUAAGAGCAAACUUGUUCUUAGAGAAGCAAAAGAGUCAGGGUUUCUUUCAGGAAACAGAUCCCGAUAACAAUAUAAUUCAACACUAUAUGAAAGAAGAGCCAAAAGUGAAAGAAACUUCUACCGCAAAUCUUCCAAAAAUCAUUUCUCAAAAGGACAAUAAGUUGAUGUCAUCACACUCAGUCACUAAGCCCAGAAAGCGGAAUUCUACCAGUAUUUUACCUGUUCGGAUUGAUAUUGAUUUUUGGAAAAAGUUAGAAGUAGUUAAGCAAGUAAUUCGUGAACUAAAGAAGCUUCCUUAUAGUAACGAAGCUUAUAGAGAUGAUACACUCAUUCAAUUCAAUAAUGAAAUGAAACAAAUAAUAUUUGAAAUGCAGAAAGAGAAACUGAUCAAUCCAUAUACGAAAACAAGGAUUGCUUCCACAAGUGCAAUCAAUUACUUCACAUCAGAGAUCAAAACAAUCAGGAAGAAAAUAAUAUUUGAAAAAAUCCAGUCAAAAAGGAUAAUUUACGAUAAACUUGAUUUAUCAACACAAGCAGAGUUUCCUGAAGACAAACCACCUGUUUUUGUUGAUUCCACUGUUGUCACACAAGAGAAACUCCUUCAACAACAAAUAAACGAAGUUUCUGGACUCUUUCCCCCGUCAUAUCAGUUCCAUUUUGAUAAAGUUCCGACUGCUGAUGACUUGCUAAGAGAGAACUCAAUGAUAUACAAACCAAUGGCUGCCACACAACCAGUUUCUCCUGUUAGAAAACUUCAUGUUCCGACUAAAAAAUUGGAAAGAAAUAGAACAUCAACAGCUGUUCAAUCAGCUCCUGUGAUGAAUUUAUCUCCGCUUUUCGCUAAGUCAGCUGAGAAUAACUUAUCGAGACAAGAGAUGAUUUCAACUUAUUUCGAUUUGUAUGACCCGUUAAAAGAUCGUGUUCCAAAUCAAAAGAAUUAUUCAGACCAACUUUAUCAAAUUUCAAGCAGCGCAAACUUUGAUUUUACUACAUCAAACAGUGAAGAUGUUGAAGUUCCUGCUGUGGAUAUUGAUCUAUCAAAGAAAAGUUAUAUCGAAUACUCGUUUGAUGAAAAAGUUCCUGAAUACGCUAUACAUGAAAAUCACGAAGAAGAAGAAAAAGAAAUUCCUCAACCAGUGAAAGUUGAUCUGUUACAACAGCCAAGACACAAAAUAGAUCAUGAUAUUGAUAUGGCAAUGCUGCUGAACUCGCCGUUGAUUGCAACACUGUUAUCAAAUGAUGAUGAUGACGAAGAGGAUUUGCAUGCAAGAAUCAACAAAGUUUUUGAUGAAUUAGGUUUUUCUGCAAAACAAAAACUUGAUCUAGCUUUGAAGUACUCUGAUACAGAAUCAAAUGGAAUUACAUUGACUGAUGCUGUUUUCAACUAG